GUUGCGCACACAGGUGAGCAGAUCGAGCUAAGUGCGCAAUAGACUCAGAGUUCUUGCUCUUAAAAAAAAACGCCAAAAUGUCGAAGAGAGGACGUGGUGGAUCAGCUGGAGCCAAGUUCAGAAUAUCCCUGGGUCUUCCUGUGGGUGCUGUUAUCAAUUGCGCUGACAACACUGGUGCCAAGAACCUCUAUGUUAUUGCUGUUCAGGGUAUCAAGGGACGACUGAAUCGUCUCCCUGCUGCUGGAUCAGGUGACAUGAUUGUUGCUACUGUCAAGAAGGGAAAGCCUGAGCUCAGGAAAAAGGUUAUGCCAGCAGUAGUUAUCCGCCAGCGCAAGCCCUUCCGCAGGAAGGACGGUGUUUUCAUCUACUUCGAGGAUAACGCAGGUGUUAUUGUCAACAAUAAAGGGGAAAUGAAGGGCUCAGCCAUCACUGGACCAGUUGCUAAGGAAUGUGCAGAUCUGUGGCCAAGAAUUGCAUCCAAUGCCAGUAGUAUUGCGUAAUUAGCCACACCUGUAAUACCUUAUUUUUCUCCACAAUAAAAUUCAGAUUUAAAAAAAAAACCAAGAAA